AGCCAGCGACUGCCAAAAAAUGGAAUGGCUCGUUGCAAAAGGUGGAGAUGUCAAUGCAAUCUAUAAUUUUAAUUGCAAUGACAAAUACCCUACACCCGAAAUGUGGACAGAAAUGGAGGGCACUCCUCACCCGAUUCUCGGUUAUAUCGACUUGCUCUACGGAGUUAUAAUAAUGAUUCUCUACAUUCCAUGUCUAGUUGUAAUGCUCCAAAAGGAGAAUAUACGACUUUCAUGUUUCAAAAUCAUGUUUUUACUAGGAUUCGUGGAUUUGUGUGCUAUUGCCGUCAACUCAGUAACCACUGGAGUUCUAAUGAUUGAGGGAGCCGUCUACUGCUCCCACCCAAAAACCAUUUUCAUUGCCGGAGCACUGGGCCUAGGAUUCUGGUGCUCCGCUUGUUUGAUCUGCCUGAUCCUAGUGCUCAACCGGGUCCUGGAUAUCCUCUUCCCAACUUUGGUCAAGAAAUAUUUUUCUGGAUCAAGAACAACUUGUGUUCUACUAAUCCCGAUUGCUUAUGGCCUUUACUUUACCAUACUGACCCCACCAUUGCUCUUCACAUCGAGAUACCAAGCAUGGUUCUUUGAUCCAUUCAUCUAUCAAAACAAGACACUUGAGUACCAAAACUAUCCACAUACCGCCAACAACCUGUUUAUCGUGGUUGCCACGUGUGCUCUUUAUGGAUACUUUUGCGCUGCGAUCUCUAAGCAAUUCAGGAAAAGGCUGGAGUCAACUAACAAGAAAUCUCAUGCUCAGAUCUUCCUCCAAUCCACCCUCAUCUGCAUGGCCAACUUCAUUGCUGCAAUGGUCUACGUCUACAUGCAAUUCUUCCCGGUCGCCGACUUCGUCAUUGUCAUCGGUCACAUGUCCUGGCAGCUUGGACACGGAUGCCCAGCGAUCAUCUACCUCUUCAUGAACACCACCAUUCGUAGCGGAGUCUCGAAAAUCUUCAGAUUCAAGAAGCCGAUCAACACCAGAACCACUACAACGGUGUCUGUGGUUGGACAUGGACACCAGCAUCAUCAUCACUCCAGCUCUCUUCAGUAAUUUGUGUUUAAUUUAAAACUGAAACCGCUGUAUUAAAUAAGUCAUAAUUGAAUUUCUAUUGUAUCUCUAAAAUCUACAACUUAAAUUAUAUUAUUCUGAAGAUACAUUUUAUUG